UUUAAACUAAAAAAAAACUAUUUAUUAACUUGCAUAUUGUUAAAAUCAUAGAGUUGUCGUUUAAAACAUAUAAUCUCUUUAUUUGAACAUUUUUAUUUAAAAAAUAAACAUCCACUCUUCCUCCUAAGAAACUCGCCUAUAAAAUAUAAUAAAUAUACGGUCUACUUUUGUUAUACUUACCAAUCUUCUCCAAAACUAUUUGUGUUAAAGAAGAAAAGGAAUAAAACGAUGGAGAAACAUUCGGUCGGCGGCACGACCCUCCACACGUGCCAUCCGUGCCGGCGCAGCAUACUACACAGGAUCUAUGCCGUAAUUCACAUUUGUGGCGUUGUAGCCCUCAUGUACCAUCAUGUAAACUCAUUCCUCACAGCAAAGACAAGUCUAGUAACACCUCUUCUUCUCCUCUCCGAUGUCGUUCUCGCUUUCAUGUGGGCCACCUCAGCUUCCAUCCGGUUUAACCAGGUCCACCGAUCUGAGUACCCUGAGAAAUUAGCUAAACCGGAGGACUUUCCGAAGCUGGACGUAUUUAUAUGCACGGCUGAUCCGUACAAGGAGCCUCCGAUUAUGGUGGUCAACACCGCUUUAUCAGUGAUGGCCUUCGAUUAUCCCCCCAAUAAGAUCUCGGUCUACGUAUCUGACGAUGGAGGCUCGUCGUUGACCCUGUUUGCUUUGAUGGAGGCUGCUAAGUUCUCUAAGCAUUGGUUGCCUUUUUGCAAGAAGAACAACGUUCAAGAUCGGUCUCCUGAAGUGUAUUUCUCCUCAAAUUCACAUACGUGGGACGAAGAAGCUAAAAAUCUUAAGAUGAUAUACGAUGAUAUGAAGAGCAGAGUAGAACAUGUGGUUGAUAGUGGAAAAGUUGAUGCUGAGUUUAUCACGUGUGACCACUUUCGUGGAGUAUUCGAAUUGUGGACCCACACGUUCACUCGUCAUGAGCAUCCAGCAAUCAUUCAGGUGCUACAAAACAGCGAGAUUGAUACGGACGAUACCAAACAAUAUACAAUGCCAAACCUAAUCUAUGUUUCUAGAGAGAAGAGUAAAGCUGUACCACAUCAUUACAAAGGCGGUGCUCUUAAUACCUUGCUGCGAGUAUCUGCGGUGAUGACAAACUCGCCGGUCAUUCUAACACUGGACUGCGACAUGUACUCGAACAAUCCUUCAACACCGCUUCGUGCACUGUGCUAUUUAGAAGAUCCUAAAAUCAAAUCCAGUUUAGCUUUUGUGCAGUUUCCUCAGAAAUUUCAAGGAAUAAGCAAGAAUGAUAUAUAUGCAUGCGAGUACAAACGCCUCUUCGAGAUUAAUAUGAUUGGGUUUGAUGGGCAAAUGGGCCCGUGUCAUGUGGGAACGGGAUGUUUCUUCCAUCGACGGGCUUUCUAUGGACCACCAUCUAAUUUGAUUGAGCCUGAGAUAGAUGAACUUAAUCCCAAUCGAAAUGUUAAUAAUUCUAUCAAGGACCAAAACGUUUUGGCAUUGGCACACAGUGUAGCUGGAUGUAACUACGAGCACAACACCUAUUGGGGAUCCAAGACUGGAUUCAGAUACGGGUCUUUAGUAGAAGACUACUAUACAGGGUACAGGCUCCACUGUGAAGGAUGGAGAUCAAAAUUUUGCAUUCCCAAAAGAAUAGCAUUUUGCGGAGAUGCCCCUAAAAGUUUAAUUGAUGUAGUGAGCCAACAAAAACGGUGGGCCAUUGGGCUUCUUGAAUUUUCCAUCUCAAGAUAUAGCCCCAUUACCUAUGGGGUCAAACAUAUGGGAUUAUUAAUGGGCCUGUGCUAUUCCCAAAAUGCAUUUUGGGUCUCUUGGUCGAUUCCUCUUCUGGUCUAUGGAUUCUUGCCUCAAAUUGUCCUCAUCCAUGGAGUUAGUGUCUUCCCCAAGGCAUCAAAUCCAUGGUUUUGGCUUUACAUCUUCUUGUUCCUUGGUGCAUAUGCGCAAGAUCUAGUGGACUUUGUGCUAGAAGGAGGAAGUUAUCGCGGAUGGUGGAAUGAUCAAAGAAUGUGGAUGAUAAGAGGAAUCACUUCAUUCUUCUCUGGCUUGAUAGAGUUCACUCUCAAAACCUUAAACCUCUCCACGCAUGGAUUCAACGUCACAAGCAAAGCCAACGACAAUGAAGAGCAAAUCAAGAGGUAUGAGCAAGAGAUCUUUGAUUUCGGUUCCCCUUCGCUCAUAUUCUUGACCAUGACUACGGUCGCAAUCGUGAAUCUUAUUGCCCUCGUCUGGGGGCUUUACUGUGUUUUCACUUCGGGAGAGGCACUCGUCCUUGAACUGAUGCUGGCGAGCUUUGUAGUGGUGAAUUGCUUGCCGAUCUAUGAAGCUAUGGCGUUGAGGAAAGAUGAAGGGAAAUUACCAAAAAGAACGUGUUUCUUAGCUUGGAUCCUCACAUUUGUUCUGAUUGUGUCAGGUUACUUCUUCCUCAAGUAACUACAGUCAUGAGGCUUAUCUAGUUUCAUUUUCAAUAACAUUAUGUUUGGAAUGUGGAAAGUAGAAGCAAGAAUAAGUAAUGCGAUGGAAUCCCUCUCCCUCAGCUCAUCGUGGAACAUAAAUUCUGGUAUCGUGAAAUACAUAAAUGUUUUAUUUUGAUAUUUGAAAUAUUUGUGUAUUUAUAUCUACUUCAUGAUCUUUCAAUUUUUCGAUCUAUUUAUUCGUUUACAUAUUAGAUGAUAAAACAAAAUUAUUUUGCCUAUUUCAAAUUCCCAGUCUAUUUGUUCGUUUAUAUAUACUAAUGUUUCACCAAUACUUAUCUUAGGUUUAGAAAUAUAUUAUAUACUCCAAAAGUUCAAAAUGUGAAUAUUUUUUCUGGCAAAGCGUGGAAAUGAUCAGGUUGGUGAGAUAAAGUCGAUUAGUCAUAGAAAUAAAAGUGAUUGAACGGUAGGUUUCUAACCACACAAGCCGAGUCAAGUAAGUUUUGAC